UCACCUGUUCCGAGUGCGGGAAGGGCUUCACUCAGUCGUCAUCCUUGCUGAAACACCAGCGGGUUCACACCGGAGAGAGGCCGUUCACCUGUUCUCUGUGUGGGAAGGGAUUCACCCAGUCAACCUAUCUGGUGAUGCACCAGCGAGUUCACACUGUUGAGAGACCGUUCAUCUGCUCAGUUUGUGGAAAAGGACUGGCUGAUUCUGCUCAACUGCUGAUCCACCAGCGAAUACACACAGCGGAGAAACCAUUCAGCUGCUCUGUGUGCGGGAAGGGAUUUGCUCACUCAACUAAACUGAAGAGACACCAACGGAUUCACACCGGGGAGAGACCUUUUACCUGCUCCGAGUGCGGGAAGAGAUUCACACAGUCGUCCUCCCUGCUGACACACCAGCGAGUUCACACGGGGGAGAAGCCGUUCACCUGCACUGAGUGUGGUAUGGGAUUCAGUAGGUCAUCCAUCUUGGUGGCACACCAGCGAGUUCACACCGGAGAGAGGCCGUUCACCUGCUCUGAUUGCGGUAUGGGAUUCAGUUGGGCAAAGAACCUGCUGACACACCAGCGAAUUCACACUGGGGAGAGGCCGUUCACCUGCUCCGAUUGCGGUAUGGGAUUCAGUCGCUCAUCCAACCUGCUGAAGCACCAGCGGGUCCACACUGGGGAGAGGCCGUUCACCUGCUCGGAGUGCGGGAAGGGAUUCACCCAGUCAUCCCACCUGCUCACGCACCAGCGAGUUCACACCGGGGAGAGGCCGUUCACCUGCUCCGAGUGCGGGAAGGGAUUCACUGAGUCAUCCAGUCUGCUCACCCACCAGCGGGUCCACACCGGGGAGAGGCCGUUCACCUGCUCCGAGUGCGGGAAGGGAUUCACUGUUUCUUCUUACCUGCUCAAACACCAGCGGGUCCACACCGGAGUGAGACCGUUCACCUGCUCGGAAUGUGGGAAGGGAUUCAUUGAGUUUUCCAACCUUCUGACACACCAGCGGGAGCACACCGGGGAGAGGCCCUUCAUCUGCUCCAAGUGUGGGAAUGGAUUCACUUGUUCGUCCCACCUUCGUAGGCAUCAGCGGGUUCACACCAGGGAGCAACAAUUCGCCUGCUCCUUGUGCGGGAAAGGAUGCAGUCGCUUCUCCAGCCUUCUCAGGCACCAGCGAGACCACAGCGGGGAGAGGCCGUUCACCUGCUCCGAGUGCGGGAAGGGGUUCAGUUACCAGUCCCGGUUGGAGAUGCACCGGCGCAGUCACAAGGGGGAGAGGCCGUUCACCUGCUCCGAGUGCGGGAUGGGGUUCACGCGGUCAUCCAGCCUCCUGGUUCACCAGCGGGUUCACACCGGUGAGAGGCCGUUCGCCUGCUCCGUGUGCGGGAUGGGGUUCACGCGGUCAUCCAGCCUCCUGGUUCACCAGCGGGUUCACACCGGUGAGAGGCCGUUCGCCUGCUCCGUGUGCGGGAAGGGGUUCACUUGUUCAUCCUACCUCCAUGCCCAUCAGCGGAAGCACACCGGGGAGCAGCCCUUCACCUGCUCCGAGUGCGGGAGGGGAUUCACCUGCUCCUCCGGGCUCCUCGUACACCAGAGGGUGCACACCGGGGAGAGGCCAUUCGCCUGCUCCGUCUGCGGGAGGUCGUUCAUCAGUUCCUCCCACCUCCUCACGCACCAGCGGAUCCACACCGAGGAGAGGCCCUUCACCUGCUCCGUGUGUGGGAAGGGGUUCAUUCACUCGUCCAGCCUCCUCACACACCAGCGGGAUCACACCGGGGAGAAGCCGUUCAUCUAUUCUGUGUGCGGGAAGGGGUUUGGGAGUUCGUCCAGUCUAUGGAUUCACCGACGGAUUCACAAGUGACCGCAGGGUUUGCACUACUGUUCGUCACAUCCAGGGCAUUACAGCUUCACAUUCUUUGCAUGAUAAUAACCUCUAAAUCUGGAUUGGAAAUUAAUUUUCUAGGUAAAUGUCAAAUAAAUGAGAAACAAUGGACGUUCAGUGUUGUCCUUUUAAUAUAAGAGUCCCAGAGUAAUACAGCGUGAAAACAGGCCCUUCAGCCCAACUCAUCUAUGCCGACCAAGGUGCCCACCUAAGCUAGUACCAUUUGGCCCAUGUCCCUCUACAACUUUCCUAUCCAUGUACUUCCCCAAUGACUCUUUCAUGUUAGUAGUUAGCACAACGCUUUACGGCGCCAGCGACCUGAGUCCAAAUCCGGCCACUGUCUGUAAGGAGUUUGUACGUUCUCCCUGUGUCUGCGUGGGUUUCCUCCGGGUGCUCCGGUUUCCUCCCACAUUCCAGAGACGUUCAGGUUAGGAAGUUGUGGGCAUGCUGUGUUGGCGCCGGAAGUGUGGCGACACUUGCGGGCUGCCCCCCAAAAUCACUACGCAAAAGAUGGGUUUCACUGUGUUUCGAUGUACAUGUGACUAAUAAAGAUCUUAUCAACCACCA